GAGCGACUGACUCGCGGAUCAAUAUUUGGAAGCAGAUGGGAAGCAAACUUUGAAGCUUGACCCGCGCAUUGGGCCCCGAGUAAACAGCCUUGUACAAGCCCGGUCACAGUUUGCUUUUCGAGAUGUGCAACGCUGACGUUGCUCCCUUGUCUCAUUUAUGACGAAUGAACCCCAACCCAAAGAGACACGUUUGAUACGUCACAAUUGAACAUCGACAAAGUUUGAAUUUGCAUUUGCCAGGCGACGCGACGAAGUGGUCCGACGUUCAAGAACAGAGUGCGACAUGGCGAUAUUUGCCAGACGCUGCAGCAGCGUGAUGAACUUUGACCUAAAAGCAUUGAAAGGCCCAUUCGGAAUCCUUUUGCUGUCAUUUUUAAAUUUUUUAUUUUACAGCUCAAAAACCGUCGUGAAUAAUUGGAUUUCAUUCACACUUAUUGACCCUUGCAGUAACUUUUGUUUUGUCCACAAGGGAGUGCCAGAUACGCCAAAGAGGGACGCGACAGCGGAAAUUCUGACGUUGGUGAGCACAAACGAGUGCCACUCACUGAGCUCAGACCCUCUCCUCCUUUUUCUUCCUCCUCCUCCUAGUCCAGUGGGUGUGCGCAGGCUGCAGGAUCGAACCUGCUCACAAACUGCGACACGAGCAGGGCGAGGAAGAUGAAAAUGAUGCUGCCGCUGGCGUUUCUGCUCCUGUGCGCCUCUUGUUGCACGCUUGGCCAAGUGGACUAUUUCCAAAACGAAGACUAUGUGGAUGCCCUCUUGGAGGACUUGGAUUUGGACAUGGCACCUCGCAGAGUUCCGCGACAGCUGAAAAACACCCUCAUGAAGGAGACGAGGCCUCACAUCCAGGAGCUGUCCAUCAACACCAGCGUCAUCUCCCGUUACGCUUUCACGACAGUGCGCUGCGUCAUGCUCAACCGGCAUGCCGCCGCCGGCCAGGGCGUUUUCCACUUCCCCGUGCCGGCCGGCGCCUUUGUCUCCAACUUCACCAUGAUCGUGGCAGGGCGUGUCUACCCGAGCCAGCUGGGGCCCAAGGAGAGGCCAUGGGUCAAGCAGCCAGACGGCAAAGUCUGGGACAAAGAGUCCGCUGACACAAGGUCCGAGUCAGGGCAGUUCCGGAUGGCGGCCAGCAUUCCGGGCGGCAAGCGGGCCGUCUUCCUGCUCGAGUACGAGGAGCUGCUCCAGCGCCGGCUGGGUCGCUACGAGCAUGUGACCGGCCUGCGGCCGCUGCAGCUGGUUAGCCGCCUGCGGGUGGAGGUCACCAUCGUGGACCACUUGCCCAUCACCGUCCUCGAAGUGCUUCCUCUCCGCCGUGGCGGCGGGACCAACCCAGCCAGGCCUCCAGCCAAGAUGGAGCCCCCUGUCACCACGACAGUCCAAAGGGAAAAGAACGCCUGCAAGGUCACCUUCAGCCCCAACAUCAUGCAGCAGGCCAAGAUCGCCACCAACGGCAUCCUGGGAGAUUUUGUGAUCCGCUACGACCUCCAGAGGGACACGGGAAUCGGAGACGUGCAGGUUCAAAACGGCCACUUUGUCCACUAUUUUGCGCCCAAAGACCUCCCGGUGGUGCCCAAGAACGUCGUGUUUGUAAUUGACACCAGCGCCUCCAUGCUGGGCACCAAGAUGAGACAGACCAAAGACGCCUUAUUCACCAUCCUGCGGGACCUGCGAGCCGUCGAUCACUUCAACUUCAUCAGCUUCUCCAACAAGAUCAAAGUGUGGCGACCCAGCAGCCUGGUGCCGGUCACCCCGCUUAACAUCCAAGACGCCAAGAAGUUCAUCUUCACGCUGGUGCCGACUGGAGGCACCAACAUCGACGGCGCCAUCCAGAGCGGCUCGGCCCUGCUCCGCGAGUACCUCUCGGGUCCCCACGUAGGCCCCAACAGCGUCUCGCUCAUCAUCUUCUUGACAGACGGCCGGCCGACAGUCGGCGAAUCGCAAUCGGCGGCCAUCCUGGGGAACACCCGCUCCGCUGUGCUGGACAAGUUUUGCGUCUUCACCAUCGGCAUCGGCAACGACGUGGACUACAACCUUUUGGAGCGCAUGUCUCUGGAAAACUGCGGCGUGAUGAGGCGCAUCCGCGAGGAGGCCGACGCCAGCGUCAUGCUCAAAGGGUUCUAUGAGGAGAUCGGCACUCCGCUGCUGUCGGACAUCAGAAUCAACUACACGCCGGGCUCUGUGGACCACGUGACACAGCACCUCUUCGCCAACUACUUCAACGGUUCUGAGAUGGUUGUCGCCGGCAAGCUGAGCGACACGAGCUCCGCGUCUCUCCGCGUUCAGGUCACGGCCAGCAACAACGACAAGACGGUCAUCCUGGAGACUGACGUGCCACUGCGGCACCGGGAGUCUGAGACCGAGAAGCACGUCAAGGCAGCGGCGGCGAGAAUUCCUGGAGCGGGGGACGCUUUAAAACGGCUCGCGGCGGACUUGGUGCAGCGCGUGUGGGGAUUCGUGACGGUCAAAGAGGAGCUUCGGUCACGUCUCUGUAGCCGAACCAGCCGGGAGAGGGAAGAGCACGUUCAGCGGGCCACAAACCUCUCCCUGGCAUACCACUUCCUCACCCCCGUCACCAAAAUGCUGGUGGACAAGCCCGAGGUCUUGGCGGACGGCACAAUGGCGCAAAUGCCCGCCGUUGACGAGCCGGCCUCGUCGCCAGCCAACGAAGUGCCGGAUGACAUCGAGAUGGCAACGUUACACAGAGAAGCUGAUAGACAGAGUUUGACUCUCAGUAACAACUUAAGAGGUCAAGUUGAGAGGAGACCCGCCAAGAAGUCUGUAACCAUCUCCAAAACAUCAGCGGACGGCGAUCCUCACUUUGUGGUGGACUUUCCUGUCAGCAAGACGGCCGUCUGCUUCAACAUCAACGGCGAGCCCGGUCGUGUCCUCCGCCUGCUUUCCGAUCACAAAUUCUCCGGUAGCAACGUGACGGUGAGCGUCGGCGGCAACGUCAGCUUGGUGGUCCUGCUGCACCACUACAAGAACCCGGCGCCCUACCAGCGAGACCACUUGGGCUUCUACAUCCAAGACAGCCAGGGCCUAUCACCGAGCUGCCGUGGCCUUCUGGGCCAGUUCCUGCAUCAAGAGGUGAGCGUGGUGGAAGCAGUUCCCGGUGAGAAUCCCUUGUCCGCACUCUUGAAGGUAAAGGGCCGCUCAGUGCCGGUGGUCCGCAAGAGCCGACGCAUCCACGGCGGCGCACAGAGCGUGGACUGCUGGUUCGCCAAGAACAACGGCGCCAAACUCCUGGACGGACGCUACGAGGACUACGUCGCGUCACACGUGUUCGACACGGGCGAGGGGCCGCAGGGCAGCAAUGCGGCGUGACAGCCCCGCACUGGCACACCAGAUCGGCUCGGUCCAGGUACUGUCGAACUUGUGGGAAAUUAUCUUUAAAUAAGACAGGAGAACGGUGGCAACAUGCACGAAGGGUAUUCCUUCACCAUUGACGGAAACAGCAAAAACUGUCCAGUAUCCGAGUAUUUUCCCUUAUCUUUUUCUGUUGGACUGAAGGCUCCAUUUUUCAUGCCUUUGGAACCUUAUUUUAUACACACUAAUCGAAUUUGGCAGCCAUGUCAACACUCUACUUUGUUACAACAACCUGACGAAUAUCUUUUUUUCUCACACACUUGAAAAGUGUGAAAUAUAACUAUUCUUUUUGGUCUUUUGCUGUUACGAUGCUUUGAAUUUCGUCGUUAGAACACCAUCAUACUAAUGAAUGCACUCGGAGGAAUACUUUCUUUCCUUUGAAACACUGCCUGCAAGCUUGAGGGCGCAGAGCCUCGACGACCGAUUUGCUGUCGUUCAAUCUGUUGUAUUGUUGUUUAAGUGUUGUGUAAAGUGCUUUGU